GACGUGGCAAUUCAUCACUCUUUAAUUGGUCAGAAUUUCCAAGCUGAUGUAGAUAGCUUCAAUACUGUAGCUCAAAAACUUUUUUUUUUAUAGCUCAAGUAAGAUACAUACAUGAAUAGAUACGUUAUGUAAUACUAAAAUUUAUGUCCAAAAUAUGAAAAUACGGUUCUAAAAAUGUUUUAUAUGCAUCAUAUAUUUGACACAAACAUUUUGAACACAUAUAAAUUAACUAGAAUCAUUUUAAACAAAGUUGAUCACUACGCCAGCUUCUCGAAAGAUGAACAAAACUGGAAAAAACAGUCAAAAAUUAAAAUUAUAUAAAAAUAGUCCAAAGAAAAUUUUAAUACAUCACAUAUUUUAAAAAAAUUCAUGAUUCGCCCGCCAUUAUUUUAAAUCAAGACAUGUCAUUCGUCAACUCUUUCACCAUCUCAAGAUUUAUGGGCAGCCACUGAAAUAUAUUCCUUGAGUUUCAAAUUAAAUGUAAACGUUUCAUUAUAAAAUAAAUAUCAUGUCAUAUUUUUAAUAUAAUUUUACUACAGUUUUAUUAUUUUAUUUGUUAAUAAAAGGAAGAAAUAAUUUAGUAUUUACACGACAUCUAAUUUGAAAUAUAAAUUAAUAGUAAAUAAUUAAAUUAUAUAUUGGAGAUGGCAAAAAGUUUUAUUUUGGAAUAUUUAAUAUUUAGCAGUCUCAUGAAUCUAGAACAUAGCUCCAAAAUUAAAUUUUGGAAUCUUUUAAAAAAAUUUAGAAAUACUAUUUUUUAUCAACUUCUCCUUCACUAUAAUUAGGAGCCCAUAAAAAUCACAUAUAGAUACAUGUAUUUAGGGGCGCCCACUUCAAGCAAUAUUCAGAGCCACACAAAUCUAGAUUUUUGCUCUUGAGUUUUUUGUAGAAAUACUAUUUUUAUAUAUGCAGAUUUUGAGACUCAAGAAAAAAACAAUUAAAAUUUAGUGUGGUUUUCUCCUCUCAUGAACAUAUCCAGAAUCUGAGCUCUCUCUCUUCUAAUGGAAGAAGCAGCAUACCCAAACAAAGUUAUUCAACAGCUCUUCCUCUGUUUUUCAUCAAGUUAGAUUGUUCUCCAAGAAACCAAACUCGAACCAAUGGAUAAAAACGGCAUCGUGCUGAUGAAAAGGUACGAAUUAGGCCGUCUUCUAGGGAAGGGCACAUUCGCGAAAGUGUAUCACGCACGUAACCUUAAAACGGGUGAAAGCGUAGCGAUCAAGGUAAUCGAUAAGGAGAAAGUCACAAAAGUCGGAUUAAUCGAUCAAAUCAAACGAGAAAUCUCGGUGAUGCGUCUCGUUCGUCACCCAAACGUCGUGUUCCUCCACGAAGUCAUGGCGAGCAAAACAAAGAUCUAUUUUGUGAUGGAGUACGUUAAAGGCGGUGAGCUUUUCAACAAAGUCUCUAAAGGAAAGCUUAAAGAAGACAAUGCUAGAAAAUAUUUCCAGCAACUGAUUGGAGCAAUCGAUUAUUGCCAUAGUCGCGGAGUUUACCACCGUGAUCUCAAGCCAGAGAAUCUGCUUCUAGACGAAAAUGGCGAUUUGAAGAUAUCUGAUUUUGGGCUCAGCGCGUUGAGAGAGUCGAGGAAACAAGAUGGCUUGCUUCACACGACAUGUGGAACACCUGCUUACGUGGCGCCUGAAGUGAUCUGCAAGAAAGGUUAUGAUGGUGACAAAGCUGAUGUUUGGUCUUGUGGAGUUGUGUUGUAUGUUUUGUUGGCUGGUUUUCUUCCGUUUCAUCAACAGAAUCUUGUCGAAAUGUAUCGGAAGAUCAAGAAUGGGGAAUUCAAAUGUCCAAACUGGUUUCCACCUGAGGUCAAGAAGCUAUUAUCUCGAAUUCUUGAUCCUAACCCUAAUUCAAGAAUCAAGAUUAACAAAAUCAUGGAGAAUUCUUGGUUUCAAAAGGGUUUCAAGAAGAUAGAAACUCCUAAAUCGCCUGAUAGUAAUCAGAUCGAAUCGCUAAUCAGUGACGUGCACGCAGCAUUUGCGGUACAGCCGAUGUGUUACAAUGCAUUUGACCUAAUCUCCUCUUUGUCUCAAGGAUUUGAUCUCUCGGGAUUGUUUGAGAAAGAAGAGAGAUCAGAAUCGAUGUUUACGACAAAGAAGGAAGCGAAGGAGAUAGUGUCGAAAUUCGAAGAGAUAGCUACUAGUAGUGAGAGGUUCGAUUUGAAGAAGAGUAAUGUAGGAGUGAAGAUGGAGGAUAGAAGAGAAGGAAGAAAAGGACAACUCGCAAUUGAUGUUGAGAUAUUUGAAGUGACAAAGAGUUUUCAUAUGGUUGAGUUUAAGAAAAGUAAAGGUGAUACAAUGGAGUAUAAACAGUUUUGCGAUGGUGAGCUUAAGCCUUCGUUGAAAGAUAUUGUUUGGAAAUGGCAAGGAAACAACAACAAUACCAAUGAGAAUGUUGCCUAAUGUGAUAAAAUGUGGUUUUUCUAUUCGAUUUCCUUUAAUUUGAGUCUUUUUGAUAUUUGUGUUUACUAUCUUUGAGAUCUAUGUAAUGGAUUCGCUGCAGUUAUCAUCACAUAUCUAGAUUUUUUUGUUUGUUCCA